UACUUCAGUUUUGUUUCAAUUCGUAAACAUGAAUAAUGUAACAUAUCUGAGUUCAUGUGCGUGGCGGGGAAUGUAUGAAAUGUUUUAGAUUUCAUUAUGUAACUGAUCCUUGUAUCAAAUUUUAAAUGAUGCGAAGAAGGAAAGUUAUUUUGUUAACAAUCGUUGUAAUAUUAAUCAUAAUAGGUUUUAAAAUGUUGUUUUAUUUUCAUGUAGAUCCUUCUAGUGAAGAGUUUACUAAUGUAGAUUUGUGUCCUGCUUGCUAUGGUAGAGAUUUGUGCCCACAAUUUUUUCAUGGAGACAUUUCUUUACUUGGAAUAAGUAAAUUGAGAUAUCUUAAAAGUAGUAAGAAUGUAUUCCUUGGUAAAUUAUCAAAUAAUCGUGUGGUUCUGAAAAAACUUGCUCAUGAUUCAGAAAUAGCAAAUAUGGACAAAUUAUUGUGUGAUAAAGCAAAUCUCAGUCCAUGCGACGUAAAGGAUGCUGUUAAAAUAUUAAUACAUAAACAUCUUGAAAUUCCAGAUAGUUUUCAUUUUAAGAAUUUAAUAAAAACCCUUGAUAGUUCAACUGAUAUUACCCGUUGCCCAUCAGAAAGGCUUAUAACUUAUUUACAAGAUCAGUUAAAUAUGAAGAGAAAGCUCAUAGAUUUUGAGGACGUGGGAUCUCAUGGACUUGGUGAGCUUAUGUAUGGUUUGCUUUUAAAUCCUGAAGGAAUUAUAUUGCAGGCAUUUUCUCAAGCUGAGGGAUGGCCUUUUCCACAAUAUUUGGGCUCUUGUGGUCGUGUCAUUGUUGAAGAAUAUGUGGGAAAGACUAUCUCGUAUUAUGAGGAUUCUCCAUGGAAACAGAGGGUAGAUAUUGCUUACCAGCUUUUGUUGAUUGCUCAGAUGUUAACAGAAAAUGAUUCGGGGUUUUCUCUGUACAUGACAGAUGUGAAUAUGGAUAACUUCGCUGUUAGAUCUGAUGGAACUGUUUUACUUGUUGAUGUUGAAAGCGUUGUCAUUGUGGAUCGUUUCAAUUUGAAAAAAGAUCAAAACUUUUUGAACAAACGGCAUCAUAGCAAAGGACAAUUCUGCAAAGAUUGUUUGAACUUUUCUUUUGACGAUCUGUGUAAUCAUAGUCAGUCUGACCAUAAUUAUUAUGCUAUUUGUAAAGGUUUACUUGUUCCGGAAUCUUAUUAUUCUCCAAAGGGUUUCUUACACGAAAUACCUGAAAACGUUAAUACUCAAACAAAUUUAUCUGUUCUAGUUCAAGAAUGUGCGAAUCCAUCUACAUUGUUCAACCGUUUUCGCGUUGUGCCCAAAAUCUUGCAGAUUAUGAAAUCUUUACUUUAAAAUAUAUUGUUUAGCAUGGAGUUUUGAAAAUAUAUGCGUAUAGAUAGACGUUUUGAAAUGCGAAUAAAAUACUCUCAUCUACAAAUGAAUCUUUAUAAUAUUCUUGAGUAACUGACUAUCCAAAUUCUCUUAAUUUUUUAAUUCUUUGUUAAAUGUUUAAUUUUUUCCUUAAAAUGUUAUUUAUAUUGAGCGCUGUGAAUAAAAUCAGAUAUGAAAUUAAUAUAUCUUAAACUUAAUGGUAGAAAUACUACUUAAGGUUGUGCUUAUAAGUGUCUUUCAUCUGGGGACUGUUAUGAUAAAGCUUCUGACAUUUCAUUUCUGUACUUUUUCAAAUGUCAAAUGCUUUAACACCUGUGUUAUAUUACAAUGUAUAAAAAUAUUUUCCUACUGUUUGAAUAGCUUUUAAGCUGUCAAUAAUAUGUGAUUUUAAUGUUUUGAAAGCAUAUAUUCUACGAACAGCAGUUAAUACUCAAUAUUAACUUUUGUUAGUUUUUAGAUUAAGUAUUCUAUAAAAUAAUGUUUUUAGGUAUUCAAAUUUCUAAAUCUGUAAAAUUUAUUGUUGUUCCUUUAAAUAUGUGAAUGAAAAAAGAAAAAUUUACCAUUAAUUAACUAUAGUAAGGCAAGCUUUCAAAAGUGAACUUUAGUACUGCCUUUAUUUUGGUUUUAAUAACAUAGAAUAUUUUAAUAUUUCUCCCUAUUAAAUACAUUUUAUAGUCUGUCAAAAAAAAGUACAUAUUAUAUUAACAUCUUCACUAGUUUGACUCCAAAGCCUAUAGAUUUUGGAAUCAAACAAAAUAUGUCAUGAAGCAGUGAUGCUCAAGGAAUAUUGUAUGUCAUUUCAAAAGAGAUUUUUCUCAUUAAUUACUUUGUAUUUCUGUACAUGACUACAGAUACAUUUUUAAGUAUGAAGAAUUUAUUUGCCAUUGUCAAAUGAUGAAAUAAAAUCAAAGAAUAUGAUGCAUCAACAGCACAACCUAUUAACAGCUUCUUGUAGCUUUCAGGUUUCACAAAACUUUGCACUUAUGGAUAGUUUUCUGCUCUUCCUCAAACAAUGCUCUUUAUCAUUGUAGGAUCAGAUAAGGUCACAUUACUGGAAUUCAAAAACUACUCAUCAGUUUUAUUUUGAAAGAAUUCUUUGCAAAAUUUUAGAGGAGUGUCCAGCAGAAACACCAAAGUGCCUUGGUAAUCCAUCUUUAAAAAGAUUCAAAUUAUGCAUGAGCUCAUAUUUAAAUGAUGUAGACAUUAUAACGUGCGUGUUUUUUGAAGAUUAGUUUAGGUAAUUCAAGUAUAAACAUUAAAGAGCUGAAAACGAACUAGUCAUUGAGGCAUGAUAUAAAACAAAGAUAUAGCCUCUUAACUAUCACUGUAUAUAUAAAAAUCAUUGCACUAAAAUACGAUUUUUAAAAAAUGGUAGCGUUGUUUACAGGUAAAAUAUGUAUCAAUGAAGUGUUAUUUAUAGAUAUAGAACGUUACUUAACUGCGCUCUAUAACUACACUUUUGUAGUUGAGUGGUCCUUAUUUGGUUUUAGGGUCAUUUGGGAACUCUGCUUGCUGUUGGCAUUCCUUUUAAAUCCUUGAAUCGUACGCCUGGCUAUUUAUAUUAGAUUAUAUGUGAUUAGUCUCAUCAGAAUACCAGUGUAUGGAGUGCUAUUUUCAGUUUAGGAAUAAAUAGUGAAAUUUUGUUAAUUUUUUUUAAUAAUUAAAAUUAUUUUCAGCAAUAAUUUUCACUAUUGGUCUUAUAUUUAAACUGUUUCCAUUGUUUCUUAACAUUUAACUGUAGUAAAAAAUGUAGCUAUUUAUUUUUUGUAUAAUAUGAU